UCUCUUUCCCCCUUCAUUUCCUUUUCCUCUCUCUCUAUCUCGGGCGUGCGCUCAGAUCUUGCGAAGCCAGUUGCUGGGGUUUCUCCGUCGCCACUUGGAUCGAAGGGUUUCCGGCGAGGCCCGAUUCGUGUCCAGAUUCGUCGGUCUCGAGUGGCGAUCGGGGGGGUUUUGCUUUUUGUUUUUUUUCCCUUUGCUUCGUGGGGGCUGGGGGGCGAGAAUCCGAGGUGUGUUUGUUUUGUUGAGGGGCUUCGGAGAGGGGAAUUGGAUGUGUUGUCUGGUCGCGCGCAGCAGUAAGAAGACGUCUAAAAGAGCGUUGAGGAGGGAUUGUGGGCUCGUGAUCAGGGGCAGGUCUCGCUGGGGCAAAUGCGGCUGAUUUGCUCUCCGAUCCUGUUUGAUCUCUCGAGUUAGUCUCGGUGUAUUGGGGUCGUAAUUAUUUGUGUGGUCGUCCUGAUCCUUUGAGGAACGAGGGAGAUUCUCUAAGUUCCCCUGAUUGUGCAGAUAUGCAACCGGAUCGGCACUCGAAAAAGCUGAAGGAGAUGGAGUUUUUCACUGAGUAUGGAGAUGCCAACAGGUACAAAAUCUUGGAGGUAAUUGGCAAGGGAAGCUAUGGAGUUGUUUGUGCAGCCAUCGACACGCAUACUGGGGAAAAAGUCGCUAUAAAAAAAAUACAUGAUAUCUUUGAGCACAUUUCUGAUGCUAUUCGAAUCCUUCGAGAAGUCAAGUUGCUCAGGCUUCUGCGACAUCCUGAUAUUGUUGAAAUCAAGAGCAUCAUGUUGCCACCCUCGAAGAGGGAAUUCAAAGAUAUUUAUGUCGUUUUUGAGCUCAUGGAGUCUGAUCUUCACCAAGUGAUCAAAGCUAAUGACGAUUUGACUAGAGAACACCACCAAUUUUUCCUUUAUCAAAUGCUACGAGCUUUGAAGUACAUGCACACAGCAAAUGUCUACCAUCGAGAUCUUAAACCAAAAAAUAUAUUAGCAAAUGCGAACUGUAAACUGAAGGUUUGUGACUUUGGAUUAGCAAGAGUUGCUUUUAGUGACACGCCGACGACGAUAUUUUGGACGGACUAUGUCGCUACAAGAUGGUACAGGGCUCCAGAGCUGUGUGGAUCUUUUUUUUCCAAGUAUACACCAGCAAUUGAUGUUUGGAGCAUCGGUUGCAUCUUUGCGGAAGUUUUGACUGGAAAACCAUUGUUUCCCGGAAAAACCGUUGUUCACCAGUUAGAUUUGAUUACCGAUCUUCUUGGAACACCUUCUGCAGAAUCAGUAUCUGGGGUUCGUAAUGAGAAGGCAAGGAAAUAUUUGACAGAGAUGCGAAGAAAGCAGCCUGUGUCCUUUACCCAUAAAUUUCCAAAUGCUGAUCCACAGGCUCUUAGGCUGUUGCAAAGAUUGUUGGCUUUUGAUGCAAAGGAUCGGCCAACUGCUGAGGAGGCUCUUGCCGAUCCUUACUUUAAGGGUCUAGGCAAGGUUGAGAGGGAGCCUUCUUCUCAGCCCAUAUCAAAGCUGGAGUUUGAGUUUGAGAGGAGAAGAUUAACUAAGGAAGAUGUUAGGGAACUUUUGUACCGGGAGAUAUUGGAGUACCAUCCCCAGCUACGCAAGGACUACAUGAACGGAACUGAAAGCACCAAUUUUCUGUAUCCUAGUGCCAUUGGUCAAUUCAGGAGGCAGUUUGCACAUCUUGAGGAACAUGGUGGGAGAAGUGCUCCGGUUAUACCUUUGGAGAGAAAGCACGCGUCUCUCCCAAGGUCCACAGUGCACUCCAGUACAGUUUUACCAAAUCGCGAUUCUAAUAUUGCAUCAAGAGAUAAUCAACAAGUUAGCGAGGAUGCUUCUAAGGACUUUGGAGUAGUAGAUGCUAUUUCCAGCUAUCCAUCGAAGGCUAUACGGCCACCUCCAAGGGUACCAAGUGCAAGGCCAGGCAGAGUUGUCGGACCAGUGCUACCUUAUGAGAAUGGUAGAACCAUGAAGGUUGAUUCUGAUGACAGAACUGCCUUCUACAGAAGUGCUGCAGUUCCCUCUCAAUCCAUCUCUCCACAAUGUCUUAUCAGGCCACAUUCGGCGAACCAGGAGAUGCUGGCGAGAGAAACUGACAGCAGCCAUCUACAAGAAAAACAAACACGGGGCUCACAAUAUAGAAUGGCAGUGAAUCCGGUCCCUGGCAUGGCCAAGAUAGAUGUACAUACCAAUCCGUACUUCCCAACCCAGGCCGAGGUAGGGGUAGGGCAGUUAAAGGAUAGAAUUGCUAUAGAAGCUAAAGUGUUUCAGGCACAAUCUCAGUUUGGUGCCGUUGGUGCUGCUGCUGUUGCCAUCUCGGCUCACAGAAAUGUGGGUUCGGUUCAGUAUGGCUAGUAUCCACACGAGUCGUCUCCUCCAGAAGAUGUCUGCAUGGCCGGUUGAGAAGGGUCUUUUUGGGGACUCCAUUCGUGGCUUAUUUGAGUGUAGUGAACUCCUUGUGUCAUUAUUUAGGGUCUCGUAUGAUUUACAGAUGUACGGCAUUGAUUUACUAGUGGAAAUAACCCCCUCAUUCUUCCAGAAA